AUGAGCUUCGAAUCCGGGAUUCCCUUGAUCCUGCGGAGGCUGUUUGCUGAACCCUUCUAUCGCUUGGCUCAUGCGGAGGCAGAUCAAGUGCCAGGUCUGGUGGUGGACCGUUGCGGUUAUGGAGACCACCUUUGUGUCCAAGCCUCUAGCGGUUUGGACCACCUGCUGUGGCCCAUUGUGGAUGCCUUAGAGGAGGUGGUGAAGCCAAAGGUGGUGAUCAUUCGACAGGACACGCCUGGGAGAAAGCGAGAGAAAGCUUCACUCCGACGGGAGGUGCUCAAGGGAUCUUACCAGGGCCCCAGCGAGUUGCGUGAGCACGGCGCCUCUUUUGCGAUUGACCUCCUUUCGGGUCAGAAGACCGGGUGGUACUACGACCACCGCGACCAUCGUUUGAUGCUGGCGCAGUUGGCUUCACAGCUGCCCCGGGUCUUGGACGUGUACAGCUAUGUCGGCGGCUUUGGUGUUCUAAUGGCACACUACGGUUCCCAAGAGGUGCUCUGCAUCGACAGCAGCGAGGCGGCCUUGGAGCUGCUAAGGCGUAGCGCGGCGAUGAACGCGGUGCAGGACCGAGUGAGGUCCUUGCGCACCGACGCUCUGGACUUUCUGCAGGAGAAGAUGAAGCAGAAAACCGAUGCAGCGGGCAUCGGUGAAGCAGAUCAUGAGUUUGACCUCGUGAUUCUGGAUCCGCCCAAUCUGGGCGUGGAUCGCAUGAGUAUCCCGAAGGCCCUGCGACACUACGAGAAGUUGGUCACCUCGGCGGCAAGGCUGGUGGCGCCCAACGGACUGCUCUUCGUGGCGUCCUGCACCUACUCCAUAGGUGAACGUGAGUUGAUGGGCCUUUGCAGUCGCUCACUCGCCUGGGCGGAGCGGGACUAUCGUUUGGUCAGCACUGGGAGCCAGGCUGCAGACCAUCCAGGACAUUUGAUGCUUCCGGAGUCUCGCUAUCUACGGGCGCUGCUGCUGCAUUUGUUUUGA